AUGCCGCCACCAGCCUCUGCAGUGGAUUUCUCGAAUCUACUGAACCCCCAAGGCAACGCCACCUCUUCCACUCCUUCGACUCCCGUGGACAGCAUCAAGGCGCCGUCCACUCCUACCAGUGCUCAGUCUAACACGAGUAUGGCCUCAUCGGUGAGCCUCCUCCCACCUCUCAUGAAAGGAGCGCGCCCCGCCAACGAAGAAGUCCGCCAGGAUCUUCCUCGCCCUUACAAGUGCCCCCUCUGUGACCGUGCCUUCCACCGCUUGGAACACCAGACCAGACACAUCCGCACCCAUACGGGUGAAAAGCCGCACGCAUGCCAGUUCCCCGGAUGCACGAAGCGCUUCAGUCGCUCCGAUGAGUUGACGCGCCACUCCCGGAUCCACAACAACCCCAACUCCCGACGCAGUAACAAGGCGCAACAUCUGGCCGCCGCUGCUGCUGCCGCCGCGGCGGGUCAGGACAAUGCGAUGGUCGGCGCCCCGGCAGGAGCCAUGAUGCCUCCUCCCAGCAAGCCCAUCACGCGGUCCGCCCCCGUCUCGCAGGUGGGAUCCCCGGACGUGUCCCCGCCUCACUCGUACUCCAACUACGCCGGUCACAUGCGGUCGAACUUGGGACCGUAUGCCCGGCACGGCGAGCGGGCGUCUUCGGGCAUGGAUAUCAACCUCCUCGCGACCGCCGCCUCGCAGGUCGAGCGCGAUGAGCACUACGGCUUCCACGGUCCCCGUGGUCACCCGUUCUUUGCGCCCCGUCAUCACGGCGGCACCGGUCGUCUCCCGUCGCUGUCGGCCUACGCGAUCUCGCACAGCAUGAGUCGCUCGCAUUCCCACGAGGAUGACGAUGCUUACACGCAGCAUCGCGUGAAACGCUCCCGCCCCAACUCCCCCCAACUCGACCGCUCCCUCCUCUCCCACCUUCUCGCACGAUUCGCUCUCUCCCACGCCCGACCACACUCCGCUGGCGACCCCUGCCCAUUCGCCGCGGCUGCGGCCUCUGGGUGCCAGUGA